AUGGCGUCUGCAGAGUAUCUCCAAGCCUCAUCAACCGGCUUCCAAGACGCCAAAGCCUACGACACGUACCGGCCGUCGUACCCCCCGGCGGCGGUCGAGAGCCUCCUGAGCCGCCUCGGCGUGGCGGGCAAGCCGCACGCGCGAAUCGUCGACCUGGCGGCCGGCACGGGCAAGUUCACGGAGCUGCUGGCGGCGCGGCCGGAGGAGUUCGAGAUCCUGGCGGUGGAGCCGACGGCGUCGAUGAGGGAGACGCUGGCGGAGAAGGGGCUGAGGGGCGUGGAGGUCAAGGACGGGACGGCGGAGGGGAUGGAGGGUGUUGGGGACGGGUGGGCGGAUGGGGUUGUGGUUGCGCAGGCGUUUCACUGGUUUGCAAACGAGACUGCGCUGGCAGAGAUCCAUCGCGUUCUGAAGCCGGGAGGCACUCUGGCCAUGAUCUGGAACAUCGAAGACUAUAACAAGCCCACGUCGUGGCCGGCAGCCAGCAAGUGGGAGCAAGCCCUCAACGAACGCAUCUUUACGCUCCCGCACUUUGGCCCCCCUCGGUUCCGCCACUACGAGUGGCCGCAGGUGUUUGACCGCCAGGCCGCGUCCGCGAAGCCCCUCUUCUCGACGCCCAUCGGGCAGGAGAAGUUCCCGUGGACGGUCUGGCUGGAGAAGGAGGCGUUGUGGAAGCGGGUGAACACGCUGAGCCACGUGUUUGCCUUGGAGGGCGAGGAGGCCAAGGCUGAGUUUAGGCGGGCGUUUGACGAGGACGUGGUGGAGGGCAAUGGCGAGUUCAAUGAGAAGGGCGAGGUGGGCGUGCAUGGGGUGACGCUGUUGGCGUGGAGCAGGAAGCUGUGA